AUGAUUACGAAGUUCCGUAAUCCUCAGAGUGAUUUUUCGUUUUGUCCCUCAUGUGGGAAAGAUUACCAAUUAUUUCUCUUUCUAACUAAAAAAGUAGUCUGUCACUGUUGUGGUCGUGUCUUAUGUUCGAAUUGUAUUCAAACACUUCAAGACUAUUCCAACAAAGAAUAUAAACUCUGUUACGCUUGUUAUUACCCAUACAAGGAUGCACAUGGUCGAAUCCCUUACUUACAAGUACACAACCCUUGUGUCCCAACAAUUGCAUUAGGCUUUCUAUCAUCAGACUCCGUGACGCGCCAACAAGCAUUCAAGCAAUUUCUACCUCUAAUGAACAAGAAUGGAAUUGACUUGGAGUAUUACAUGAAGUCGGGCUUAAUUCCUUAUUUCGUCAAGUUACUCCAAGACCAAAACUCCGCGUCGAUGAUCUCCGAGAUCAUUGCGAAGAGUCUCCAAGAGAACAUCGAGUUAAAAGUCUUCUUCGACCGCACUGGGAUCUUCUCGUUGAAUUCCGGCAUCUUGCGGUUGACCUCCAAAACGUUUCUCGAGAACGCCGCGUUCAUUUUGUGUUUGAUUCUCUCAAGUUGUUUGAAGAACGUUCCUUACACUAACUUUAAAACAGUCGGAGAGAUCACUAAGGCAAUUAAAACAGCUGAAGAGCAAUACGAUGAAAAGGCACUUGAGUUCUGGUGUGAGCGAGAGAACAGAUUAGGGAAGUAUGUGACGAUGUUACAGAACGAGUACAUCUCGCAGUCUUCAUUAAUUGCAUUAAGCAAGUUAUAUCAAGUCGUUGGCGAUGAAGAGAAGGAAGGCUUAGUUAUUUGUUUCUCUUUAUUUGAACAGACUUUUAAAGUAGGAAAGGAGAUGGCAUAUUCCCAAACAGUGUUAGUAGAGUUACUGAAGUGUUAUGACAAAGUGACUUGUCGAGUGAUUCUACCACUUCUUCUUUUAAUGAUCACUUCAAAGGAAUUGCUUGGGUAUGUUUUAGAUAAUAAGAUCAUCGAACUGACGUGUGAAAUAUUGAAAGUGAAUGAAGACGAAGCUUUUGCAGAUGUCGUCUCUGUGCUUCUUGAGAGAGUUUCGAAAUACAACGACUUAAUAGACAAGUUGGUGACACAUUUGGACUUCUUUUCUGUCUUGUUGAACCGAGAGAAAGGGAGUAAUAUGGUCGCUUCUAAAUUAAUAGAAACGAUGAUGUUGUACGACACUACCAAUGGGCGGAAUGUUGCUGAAUUGAUAUUGGUUGAACACAUAGAAAUUGUUGAAAUGAUGCUACGAUCAAAUAACAUUGAUAAACGAAACGAGGGCGUCUACAUCUUCGACCAAAUUAAUCAGAUGUUUGGCGUAGAAGCUUUUGAGAUCUUUGAGUCUCGUGGUAUUCUCCAAGUCGUUUUGGAAAGUGUUCGAAUGGAAUUAGCGGAUCCCACAUUGGUGUAUGUUGCUUUAAGUCAUAUUUAUACCCACGCAGAGAUCCGUUCCAAUUUCAUGGAAUAUUUGAUACAAACCGACUUUGUCUGUUUUCUGUGUCAAAGCGUCGAACAGAAAAGCCAUUUAAAAGAGAUAUUACCAUUUUUUGUAUACCUCGCUGGUAACAAAAUCAUACAAAAGGACAUUUUCGAGAGUCAUUGUGGGAACCACGCAAGGCUUAUGACGUUGUUUACCGAAGAACAAUUAGCUGAUUAUAUGACCUUCGAGUUACUGACACAAUUCACGAACAACACACGAUAUGCCACAUUGUUCAUACGAAAUAUAAUGGACACACAAGGUCUCUUCUCAAGAAUAUUACAAUUGCAGCACACGAAAGUGCCAUUGACAAGCGUCUUUCCAUUCAUCAGAAACAUGCUCUCGACAAAAUGUAAAGAAGAAAAGUUUGUGAGUGCUCUCUCCAUCUUUGUCGACAAGCUUCCAGAGACUUUCCCAAGUGAAACUGAUAAUUAUAUCGUCGAGUAUAUAUCACUCUGUACAUCUAUUUGUAGCCACUCGAAAUACCUCAAAACAAAAUUCUUAAACGUGAAACUAGCGGGAGUCUCGUUGUUCCAGAAAGUCACCUCGUUGAUGAGUCUGAACGACUUUAAAGUGAAGACGGCGGUUAUUCAACUCUCGCAAAUGUUUUUGAAAGAAGACAACGACUAUCUGGAAUUGAUUAAAACUUUCCCAAUGCUUUAUAUUAGUGUGUUUGGUGGAAUAAGUAACAUGUGCGAUUCGACAUUCAUGGCAACUGCAUUCGAUUUUAUUCGCAGUGCCUUAGCAAACAAGCGAGAGAUCGAGAAAUUCAAGAAGUCAAGUUUACAAGACGAUGUAUUACGUGUAUUCAUUGAUGAACGGAAUGUGAUAUCCAAUGAAUUAUUGGGUAGUGGUGUGGGUUUAAUAGUGACGAUGUAUGAUGUUGGAUUGGUCACUGCAAAUUUCUCUGGAGUAUCAAAGAGACUGUUUUACUAUUUUGGCAAUUACCAAUUGAAUGGGAUUAGUCAUGUCUGUCUCAUGAACAUUCUCAGAAGUUUGAUGUUGGUUAGAGGCAGUUUUGAAACGGCGAUCAACAAGAAGAAUGUGUUAACAGCUUUAGUAGAAUUGCUUGAGAGUAAAUAUGUCUCCGAAUAUGCAAAGGCACUUCUGUUGCUUAUUUUGCGCGAGAAGAAGUGUGUGUUAGCGAAUAUUGACUAUGAAAUGUGUGUGAAAAUAAUGAAAGAGAAGAGUAUGGCUGGGUGCCUUAUGCGUGUUUUGGACGAUGAAAGUGUUGAAGGGAAACAAAAAGGUAAAGAGCUCUGUGAGGAUCAAAAUGUUCUUCACACGAUAUUAUUGGGUGAUAUUCCCGAGGAUGUGAUUAUCACCUUUUUACUUAAAAUGAAUGUGAAAUUGGCCAAGAGUGAUGAGAAGGUCAAAUUUAUAAGGAGGUGUGUAAAUAAAGCAAAGGUAUUAAGUCUGAGUGGUUUUGAUGGGGUGUUUGCGUUCAUCAGAAAGAGUGACAUGAGUGAAGUUGAAGAAAUUUUUGCUUCAGUAGCUGUAAAGGAGUUGUUUGAAUUGGGAGAUAAAAAGGUUGAAAGGAUUUUAGACUUUAUUUCAGGGGUAGUAAAUUCGCCAGUACUCAUCAAGCAAUUUUUAAGCUGUCUUCCACUGAUUAUAACAAUUGUACUUCAAAGCCAAAAGUACUUUGAAGCACUUCUGCCAUUCACUAUAUAUGAGGAAGGAAGAGAGAAAAUAUCGACGAACCCGAUUUUACUUAAUUUGUUAUUUGAUGACAUCCAGAAGACGCCCGUGAAAGGAAACAUUGUCACACAUUUAACAUCUGACAUCAACUUUUUACCACUGGUGUUGGUCUCUUUUGACAUCUCACAACUCAUGCAGAAAAAUGUGAUCACACAAAAUGUCAUAUUAGAAGUGCUUGUUGAUGGGAGUAGAGGAGAUGGGAUGUACCUGACUUUUGAUUUACUUGAAACUAUCGUCACGAUAGAAAACAUUGAAAAGGGUGGAUUGGUCUUUAGAAAACUCUUGGGGUUUCUUCAAAAUCAUUUCGCGCAUCCCAAAUUUGAAGAGAAAGUGCAGAAAUUUGACGUUCAAUUUGUUUCAAAGGUGUUUGAGCAAAUGAUGAAAAGUCGUUCUGAUGAGGACGCGAAUGAAGUUUUCAAACUGUUGGGGAACACACUUUUUAGUGAGAGAGUUACAGACGAGCACAUUUGCAGUUUAGUCCAGUUGAUUUCUAAAAAGCGAACAGAGAAGUUAUCUGAUUUAUUCACUGCGAAACUACUUGAAAUUAUAACGACACUUGUGACGUCAAAAUCACGUGAUUUAGUCAUUGAAAUGAUCGCGAAAUAUUCCCAAAACAUUCUUGUUUUUCUGAAGUCUAAAAAUGUCGAGUUAGUGGAGAGUACUUUGUCGUUAGUCUUGUUAUUAUCUGACAUCUUUGUGAAGGGAAUUGAUGAAUCAAUAAUAGAAAUAGUUGUGAGCUUAUCGAAAACAAAUCCAACGAAGAAACAAUUACGAGUGUUAGUCCUAAGGUUUGUCGCAUUGCUUGUGAGGAGUCAUGUUGGAGUGAAGACUGUUAAGGAGAUGAUGUUAUCCAAAUCCAUGUCACAUUUGAUUACAAGUGAAACGAUGAAUGUAUUUCAAAUCAUUCAAAACAUCUGUUUGGAUGAAGAUGGUACAACUCUGGUGUAA